AAACUCACUGCAUCAUUUUUGUAAAUAUUAAUGAUGGCAAAUAUUUCUUCAUGCCGCAGAUGCUAAGAAAAAACCAAGAUCUGUUAAAGUUUUUAGUAUUGUGUUAUGUAAUGCCUUAUCAAUAUUUCAAGGAAUUGGUUUUCGGUGUGGUGUGGUAUAGAUGGAGAUAAUAUUUGGUGUUUGAAAUCACAUUUGUUUACGUGAAUGUCAGGCACAGCAUUCUCGAGAUACGACCAGGUAUUGAUUUUGUUACAUGUCUUCUUAAUGGGCCUGAAUUCUGCAUUUAGUGGCAGAAAGCCCAGGCAUUGACAUGCAAGCAUUUUCCAUAGAACACAGCUAUGGAAGAGUUGUGCAGGUUCCAGUUGGUUGACACAGGAUGCCAGUUGUGAGCUCACAGGCUGAGAAUCCCCCAGACAUCCUGAUUGUAAUAUGCAAAGAUUAUCUCUGACUGAGAGAGAGGAUCUAAUAGAAUCCCUAGAUGCUGAAGCUAUCUACGACUACCUGAUCCAACAUGGUGUGUUGGACCAGGAGGGGAAAGAGAAAAUAGAGAAUGGCAAGACUAAAGUACAGAGAAACACAGCCCUGUUACAAUUGGUGGAGGGAACAGGGAGUUCAGCUGUGGCCUUGUUUAUUAAUGCAUUACGGCAAUCUGGUCAGCUUCACUUGGCCAGUUCCCUAGAUGAGGACUCCAGAAUCAAACCUAUUUAUGGUUCAGGGUACCUUGGCAAGGACAGAUACAAAGGACAAGUCACAAUCAAUGUGGAGGUUGACAGAAUUUUUGGGCUGUUCCCUGUGUGGGAGGAGGGAGAUGACAUGGAGGAAAAAAUGGGAGAUACCCCAGAAAAGGAUAGGAAGAAAAAGGAGGGGGUCAUUCCUGUCCUCACCCCAAGGAGGGCCCACAAAUCCUAUGAGAAUAUGACAAUGAUCGGAGAGGAGUGGUCCUCAAGGGGCUGGAAGAUCAAGGAAUAUGCUUAUGAUGAGAGUGACGAAGAGAUGCCAUCUUGUUGGUGUUUCUGCAGAAGAACAAAGGCAAAAAAGAAAUCUAUUCCUGCCAAAAGAAAGCUGAAAUAUGAAGUAAAAAAGGAGGUCACCAGGUCACCUUCUCCUGUGAAACCUCCUAAAGGGAGUGAACUACCGAAGAAUUUACGACAUGAAGGUCCAACCAUCAUUAGGUCCAGCAGUAGAACAAGUUUCAUUUCGUACACACUUUCCACAGAAGCCAUUAAUGUACUGAAGGAUAGUCAUGUAUUUAAUAAGAUUGGAAGUGUAGAAAAUGUGCAAAACAGGAAAAAUUCACUCAACCAUAAUACAGAGAAGGUUGAACAGUUUGAUUCUACCAACAAGGAAAAUCUAGGAAACCACACAGAAAAUCACGUAAACAUUGAUCAGAAACGAAAGAGGGAAAAUCUGAAUCUUACUCUUCAGACUGAAAAACCUGUGGAACACUGUCUGAAGUGGAAACACAGAGGACCAACUUUUGAGAAACUUGUCAAAAGAUUCUAUAAAUCUCUGACCAGUGCCAUGAAUAUGUCCAUCAUUAAGUACUUUGAACAGAAGAGGGGAACUCUGGUUCUUCAUGUUGACAUGGAUGACUCUCUGGUUGUGUGCAAUAUUUGUAUGACUCCUAAACAGGUGACAGAUGUGUGUGUUAACUUGGAAGAUGGCAGUCUUUUGAGAGUGUUCGAGUCAAUUCUGGUGACCAGUGAUAUUCUGGAGGAUUUAGCUGUCCAUCAGAUUAAACUGAGAGUAGUCAUUGAUAGUGAUGAGCUGGCCCUUGCUAAGCAGGAAUUAGCUUAAAUAGUCCAAAACUGUACAUAUCUUUUCUCUACUUAUUUAUCUUAGAGUAUUUGUUAAUUUAUGCAUGAUGCUCUUGAAGUGCACAUUGUACCAGUAUGCAUGUGGUAUGGUGUACUUGGAAUUAAUGUUUAUUUUGAUGUGAUGGUACUUUGAUAGGUCAAGACAUGUAAAUUUUUGAUUUAUUCAUUACAUUUUUUUUAUUUGUACAUUUUAGUGACCCCAAAAUGUACUUAUUUUUACACUGGUGAGUUUACUGUAUUCAGGCACUGUAUCAAAAACUCAACACUAGUCCUUCUGCAAAUCUAUUUAUAUUUACACCCAAGUUUUAGCUGUGCUAACAUUUUAUUAUAUUGUCAUCAUACAUUUGCAUUGAUUUUUGCAGAUUAUAUCAUGAGAAGUUACUUACUACUUAGUCACUUUAAUGUUCUAAGGGAUCAGUCAACUACUUUCCCUAUUUUUUUUUUAUUGUGUCUUUUUUAUUUAUUUUUACCGAGAUUGUACAUUUUUUCUGAGGUGCAAGACUUUGUAGCUAUUGAUUGUAGAACCAUGUUCUCUCAAAGUACUUGUAGCUGGUUACUUAGCAUUUUGUGUAGAAGUGAAGUUUUCCACCCUUUCAUUUAAUACUCAUUUUUAUUUAGAAACUUGCUGACUUAAUGGAAAAAUCUAAUUUUACACUGAAAAUUUCUGUGAUUGAAGAAUUUAAAUGAAUAAAUUAUUGAGGCACAGAAAUUGUGACAGAUUGUUUUAAAAACAUGUACUGGAUUAGUAUUUUAUUGCAUAUUGUUCUGUUUCUUCUAUUAAGAAGCAGUAAAAUUAUUUCUGGUAAGACAUAUUUAUUAAGGAAAGCAAUUUUGCUGUAUUGAAAUUUUUCUCAUGCAAUUUUUAGUAUGAUAGAGUUAUAUCACUUGUAGCCUAGUUUCAAAUGUGGCAAAGGACUAUGUUCUGUCCAGCACCUGCUCCAAAAAUUAAAAAAUUAAACUUUGUUGUAAAAUUCUAAAUCCGGGAGAUAUAUCCAGAAUUCAAAGUGAUAAAUAUUUUUAUCAACCAUGACAUCAUAAGUCAGUUAAGACAUCAUGAAAACGAUGUACCAGAACAUUUAUGUCCUAACUCUCAAUGAUUUUGGAAGAAAAACAGUAUUUUUAUCAAAAUUUUGAUUGGAAAAUUAAAGCACAGAUCUGCUUGGACUCGAUCUUUUGAUAUUAUGCGUAAAAUUAUAAUAUCAAUGAAAUAUGAGAAUAGAAGUACCUGAGCAAGUUUGCAUUCCAUAAAUACUGUAGUCAAAAUUGAACAAACUGUGCAUUUUGUCUUUUUUAAGAAAUAAUAGGAAAUCACAAUACUAGUAGUUUUUGACAUCAUAGAGUCAAAAAUACAAUUUAUUAUUUUUCCAAUUCAUUAUAUAAUUUUAUAAUCCAUAUUUUUAAUACAAUCUAUGCAAGUGUGCACAUUCAAGAGAUAUUCAAAAUUGGACUAUAAUGGGGCAGGAAUAUGCCUUUACUGUAUACAGUUCUUUCUGUAUUUACAAUAAUAUUGACUUUCGCAAUAUUUUGAUUCAAUAAAACUAACUUUUUUUUCUUAAUUUAAAGGUUCAGUGCAUGUGGUGUAAAUGUCUCUCACUAAAAGACCACUGAAAAUGAUAAAAAGUGGUACCAAUGGUAAUCAGACUUUUGGGACCAUCCAUAGAAAUUUAAUGUUUUAUGCAUUUGAGACAAAUGGAAUGUUUCUACUUUUCAAAUUGAAUAUUUUAGUAUAUUUUUUUUUUUUAAAGAUUACUUACCCCAUAGUCAUUAUAAAGUACAGAAAAUUUAUUUUAAUGAAAAAAUAACACUCAUUUCCUUGUUAUUUUGUAACUUAAUUCUUAUAACUACAUUUACACUUUAUGGGAACAUUUUAUGUUUAUGUAAAUUGAUGAAAAGUGCCAUAUAUGUUAUCACAUUCAUGCCCAUAUUUUUUGCUAAAGAGUGCAGUUUAUUGUAAAAAUGGGUUUUGGUACAUGUCCUCAUCUUUGUGUGUUAAUGUUUGCAUUUUUAAAUUUUUCUACGCAUCAAUUAUUUGUGUCUUCCAUUCAACCUGUCCAUUCCAGCUUCGAGUUCAAUGUCAAUUCUCAAGUCACAUGCCUAUUUAUAAUAUCUACCUGUUUAUACAGUCAGAAGUUGCUCACACCUGUAACCUGUUGUGAAUCUUGCUGUUUGUACAUUGUAGAGGAUUUUUUUUAUUGUAUGUACAUUAUUUGGAUUUUUCAUUAUAGAUGUUUAUGAUCAGAUGUACAUUAUCUUGAUUUUAAUUAUAGUUGUGAUCUGAUGUACAUAUUAUUUUGAUUUGGAAAAAAAUCCAGUUGAAUACCUCUGCAUCUUAGUUUUAGCCCCUCCCCCUAACUUUAUUGAAUUAUGUCUCUUUACAACAUGCCCCCCUGCCUCCAUUGUUGGUGCUUUGAAAUUAAGAUUUUGUGAUGUUGUGAACACAGCAUGUUGUGUGAUUUAUUAGAGAUUCUUUUAAGAAAGAUUAAAGAAAAUGUACAUAAGUGAAUGGCUAUUAAUAUAUUUUGAAAUAAAUAAGAAAAUCAUUAA